UUUUAUCGCUUCUGUCUGUGGUCAAGUUGACGGUGAUCAACAGAGCCGUGCUAAAAUUGGCUACGUUUAAAUAAGAUACAUUUAAAACCAAGUGAAAUGGGCAAGCGCGUAGCUGUUGUUUUGGCAGGUUGUGGAGUUUUUGAUGGGAGUGAAAUCCAUGAGGCUUCCGCGGUACUGGUACAUUUAAGUCGGGGCGGUGCGAGUGUGAAAAUAUUCGCUCCUAACAUAGAGCAAAUGCACGUGGUGGACCACCUGAAGGGUGCGCCCACAGAAGAGAAGAGGAACGUACUGGUGGAGAGCGCCAGGUUGGCUCGCGGAGACAUUCAAGACCUGGCCCAGCUCAAUGUGAAGGAACUGGAUGCAGUUAUUAUCCCCGGUGGAUUUGGAGUGGCAAAGAACCUGUGUAGCUGGGCAGUGGAAGGGAAGGAUUGCUCAGUGAAUGAGCAGGUGAAGUCCACGCUGCAGGCUUUUCACAGUGAAGGCAAGCCUAUUGGCCUGUGCUGCAUCUCCCCUGUCCUGGCUGCCAAAGUCUUCCCUGGCUGUGAGGUCACGGUAGGCCAUGACCAGGAUGAAAGGUCCCCAGACGUCCCGGAGACCGCGUGUGCCAUCAGUCAGCUGGGCUGCAAGCACGUCUGCAAGAACGUCAGCGAGAGCCACGUGGACGAGAAGAACAAGAUCGUCACCACCUGCGCCUUCAUGUGCAAGGCUCCGAUCCACGAGAUAUUCGACGGCGUCGGGGCCAUGGUGCAAGACGUGCUGAAGCUCGCAUAACUCCAUGAGCGAAAAAAACCUCGAAACUCCAGUGCUCGUGUCAUUGAAAAAUAUGCCUCUUGUUUUUUUUUUAAAGAUAUCAAGAAAUAAACAC